AUGGAGCCUGAACCCCGAGCGCCUCGAGGCGUCGCUCUUCUUCCGCGGGACGUGUGCUAUGGUUGCUCGGUGAGUUCUUUCUUCGCUUCACCUUCACUCGACGGCGUCUCCGCGCUUCCGCCUUCGUCCUUCCCCAGUCCGGGAGUUGAGAGAGCGGACCAGAAGGCGAAACGACGCAGAAGAGAAGGGCACUCGCAUGGCCACGUGCUGGAAGCCUGCAUGGAAGACCGGGGAGGUCUGCAUUGCUGGAGGGAAGAGCAACCCGCGGGCGCCUGGCCGAAGAGCCCAGGUGUCUCCGCGGCCCGCGCCCCCCCCCGCCUGCACUUUUCGCACCCACGCGAAAACACGGCUCCUCGCGCCUGGCGCCAGCGCGACGAAGCCGAGCACUGUCUCGAGAUGGAGGCUGAAGUCGACGCCCCGCACACGCACGCUUCGGUGCUAGCCGCUGCGUCGUCCGCCCGCCGCGGAUCUGGCCUGUGCCUGCGUUUGGAGCCCAACGCGCCCGAGCCGGACGGGGGCGAGCCUGUGGGUGCCGACGGCCCACCGCCCUGCAGUGGGGGCGAGGGCCCGACGUCUCUGCAGGAGGAGGCCGCGCGGGCACUGCUGCAGUGCAGCGAAGCCAUGGCUGGAAAUUUUCGGGCUUUCCACGUUUGGCUUUCGCUGUUUCUGGAGGCGGAGCGCCAGGGACUGUCCGACCGCGGUCGAGGGGCGCGGCAGAGACGGGGUCAGUGCCCCGGCGAGCGGCAGCACGAGCGCCUUCUCAGUGGCAAGAGUCUGGUGGCGGACGACCCAGAAGGGCUGGCGCGCCUGCAGGCGACGUGGCCCCCGGAGGAAGAGAGGCGAGGCAGAAGACGAAGGCCGCGCCACAAGGGUGGCGACGUGUACGCAGAGAGCGAGACGAGAGGCGUCAGCGAGAGAGAGAGAGUCCUCAUCGGCUACGCCCUCCGGCACAGAGACGCUCUAGCCGCCACGUGGAACUACUUCUCUGAACUCCUCGCGCGACGCUCGUCCCUGCCUCUUCGCCGCGACGCACCGCCUUCUUCGACCACGCCCGCAGCCGGGACAGGCCCCACAGACGGAGCACUGGAGACGGCCUCUGCAGGCGAGAGUGGAGGGCGCUGCGCGGCACAGCGAGGCGAAGACACAGCGCCGCGCGGAGAAGAAGGAGGCGAAGAGCAACUGGUCGCGUGGAUGGACAGUCUGGGGCUCGCUCUCAAAGCGUGGGACAUUGCGUUGGUUCUCUUCGUCCUGCCUGCGAGACGUCGGCGUCUCAACCUCAUGGAGUGGCAGCGUCUCUGGGUGUCGCGGCCUCUGCCGUCGGCCCCUGCGUCUCUGGCGCCAGUCCAAGGGCACGAGGAGCUCUGGAAUGCGUUCUUGAGGUUUGCGGUCGAUGAGAAAGACGGCGCAUGGACUCAGGAAGACGGCCUCAAGGUCCAGUGGACGCUGAACAAACUUCUCUGCAGGUUCCUCUGUCGGGCUGAGUUCGGCUCGUGGCUCGCUGCCACCGACCGCCUUGGGCUCCAACAAGCCGCUUGGUUUCGCCCCGUUGUCACCGCAGUCGAAGCCCUUAUGCGGGCGGCCGCAGCGGCCUCGCGGGGCGACGACGCGGGGACUGGCGGCACGUUGUUGACAUCGGUCGCGGCCGCCGAGCCCCAGGACGGCAGCUUCUUGGCUGAGGAGAAUUUCGAAGAGGCGAUUGCAGCUGUGCGCGCCGAGGCCGCGAGGGUCGUCUUUCGCUUCACCGAAGCGCGUGCGGUGUCGUCGGCCCCCGGUUCGCCGUCGUCCGCCUCGCCCUCCACCUUUUGCCUGGAUCCGGCGAAGCGACGCGCCUGGGGCCUGCUGUCUCUCUCUCUCGCGCUGAUGGUGGGGAACGUCUCUGCGGCGAGCGCGUGCGUCUUUGACGUCUCUGAGUCGUUUCUGGUCCCUGCCCACGCGGAGGUCUUUCCCUUUUCGCUCGAGACUCCCGCGCGAGCUCCGCCGCCGUCGGCCCCCGCUCCCCCCUCGCCCCUGGCCUCCGUUCCCGCCUCAUGGCCCUGCGGGCUCCUUCAGGAGAGCUUCGCGGCGACGGCCUACUGGUCGCUGUUCCCGCUGGUGUCUCUGCAGUCGCAGUUUCUCUUCUUCCUGCGGGCGAACGCCUCGACACUCCUCGCGCCUCCGCAGGAGGGAGUCCAGAAGGACCGAGAGACAGGUCGGGGGCCGGGCGACGCGGAAGCCGGAGCGGAGGGCGACCUCGACCUCCGCGCCUUCGAAGUGGACGCUGCCGACCGGCUCGUACUCGCCUUCUGGCUCUCGAGAGGCGCCGCGGGAGACGCUUCGCACAACGGAGCCUUGCAGCUCCUGCACCUGCUCGUGGAGGACCGCGCUUUCGCCGCGUCGUUCCCGCCCUUCUUCUUUCCGCACAUCGUGGAUCUCCUCUUCUUCGCCGACGCCUUCGCCCCGCUAUCGCCCGCCUUAGCUGCUGAAGCGCGGUCGGAAGUGGUGCUGGAGUACGGGGCGUCACUUUUGAGGAGUUCGCAGAUCGCCUCCUCGAUGCCCUACCUGCAGGAGGCCGCCAGGCUUCCUGCGCUGAUUCCCGCCAUCCUCGACCUCCUCAAGAACUUCCUUGCCUCGAGAGUCCGCGCGUACGCCGGGUUCGAAGCCCUCGCGGAUAUGCUGCUGCGUCACCUAAACUUUGCAUCUCCGCCAUCCGCGGGAGAGGAUCUCGACGGCGAACCAGAAAGACACGAAAGGGACAACAGAGGGCCGUUGAGUCUUGAACGCGGCGCCAGGGCGUUGCCGCUCGACCCGUGUGUGAUUCUCCUCAGGGAUUUCGCCGAGACGUGCUCGCGAGCGUGCUUCGAAGAGGCGCGGCGGGCUGUUUCGGGUCUGGCGGCGUCCUCGGCGUCUCUCUCGUCGCUCUUUUCUUUUUCCUCCGUCUGUCUCGCCCGUCUUGAGGAGACUCCGAAGGAGCGAGAAGAGCGCGCGCGCGUGCUGGCGCUGCUGAGAGAUGGCGUGGCCUUCUCGCUGUUCCACCCCGCGCGAAAACCAAGUUCCGCGCGCGGCGACUGUCUUCCGGCCGUGCGUGGCGAGCACGUGGAGGGCGGCAUGGAGGCAGGGGAUGAAGCAGAAAGCGAAGAAGACCGCCGGGAGCUUCAGCGGAAAGUGCAGGCCCUCGAGAGCCUUUUGAGACGGUUCUGUCACCUCGGUCCGGUGCACAGCGCGUGCGUGCUGGCUGCUUUGACUGCGCCGGCGUCCGCUGCCGGCGCAGAUCUUUCUCACUUUCCCUCGUUUGCAGCCUCUUCCGUUCUGGAGACUUGUCUCACGCGUGUGGCCGACCGCAGCUCGCGGCCGGCUUCCGGAAGGUCCUCUUCGGCGGCUUCGCGCGGGUAUUCGUCGAGUUUCUCCAACCGUCCUCACGGGCUACUGCCUGCGGGCCUUCCAGCGGCCGCGGCCUCGGCGUUCGCGGGUUCUCUGCGGGAGACACAGAGCCCCGAGAGGCGGAGGCUGCAGCGCUCCACAGCGGGGGGGGGACGGUGGAGACAGAUCUGCGCAGAGUCUCCGUCGGACGUGCCGGAAAGCGGCGAGGACCUCCGGCUCCUGAACGCAUGCGAUGCGGCGCCCACGCAGCCAGGCGCCGAGGCGCCUGCGCCGCCAUUUGUCGUUUUCUUGACGCUUUACGCGAAGCGCAAGCCGAUUCUCGACUUCUUCGUCAACAAGUGGGAAUCCCGCGAGUCCGCUUGGCUCAGCGAGGCGUCCUCCCUCGCCUGUCUGUCGGAGUUCUUGGUCCCCGGCUUCGCGUCUCUCGUCGCCUUCGUCGGGUCCGCGCAAGUGUCCCCGACUGUCCCUGCCUUCUUUGUGGGGUGUCUCCUUUCCGACACCUUGCGGCUCCUGAACCUGUGCAACGGCUCAGACGCGCUGAACGUGGCCUUCAGGAGGGGCAGCCUGAGUCUUCUCUCGACGUCCUGGCGCAGGUGCUUAGAUGCACUGUCUCUGCAGACUCCCUCAAAAGAGUUCCCCAGAGCGAUCGACUGGCGCUGCCCGGAGCUUCAGAAACGGAUGGUCGGCGCCCUUGUUCUCGCGGAGGCCCGGUGUGCGGCGUAA